AUGGCGGAAGAGACGGUGGAAGAAGAGAAGUCCUUAAUGCUCAAAAUCGCUCAAAUCUUGAACGACGCUCGCACCUCCAACGCUACCCACAACCGCAAGCUCAAGGAGCUAUCCGCCCUCCGCGCCAAGACGUCGUCGUCUUCUCUCUUCUUCUCCGCAUUCUGUAAAACUCUAACUCCCCUCUUCGCCUUCCAGAGGCGUACGGCCUCCGCCGAACGCACCGUUCGAUUCAUCUCUGCCUUCGCCAUGGCCCGAGACUCCGGCCCUGCCUCCCAAUGCGACGCUUUCUUGGAGGACUUUCUCAGGUUCCUUCUGCCGGUGUCUGCCGCCGCUAAUAGGACUCAUAGGUUCCGAGCCUGCCAGAUUGUUUCUUCGAUCAUCCUGCAAUUACCAGAUGAUGCAGAAGUGAGCAGUGAGCUCUGGGAUGAAGUAAUAGAUUGUAUGAAGUUGCGUGCGGAGGACAAGGUCCCUGUAAUCCGUAUCUCUGCAGUUAGGGCUCUUUCACGUUUUGCAAGUGAUUGCGAGAACAGUGAUAUUCUUGAUCUAUUUCUUGAUAUGCUUCCUCUAGAACAAACUGUGGAGGUUCGGAAGACAAUAGUGCUAUCUUUGCCUCCUUCAAAUGUAACCGCACAGGCAAUCAUUGAUUCUACAUUAGAUGUCAGUGAAUCAGUGCGCAAAGCAGCGUACUGUGUUCUAGCUAGUAAAUUUCCUCUUCAAAGUCUCAGUAUCAAGCAUAGAACAUUAAUUCUUCAGAGGGGACUCGCUGAUCGUUCUGUUGCUGUUUCAAAUGAGUGUCUUAAAUUAUUGAAAGAUGAAUGGCUAAUUAAGUGCUGCGGAGGAGACCCUUUAGAACUUCUCAAGUUUCUUGAUGUUGAAACCUAUGAAUUCGUUGGAGAGUCUGUGGCUGACGCCUUGUUAAAAGCUGGUUUAAUUAAAGUACGAGAUGGUGAAAAUAUUCGGCAGUACAUAUCAUCUAGCGAUUCAGCACGUUGCACACCAAGCAUCCAACUAAUGGAAGCGGAGGUCGCUCUUUAUUGGAGGAUGAUAUGCAGGCACCUGCAGAUGGAAGCACAAGCAAAAGGCUCUGAUGCUGCUUCUACAAUGGGCACUGAAGCAGCAGUAUAUGCGGCAGAAGCUUCAGACAGCAAUGACCUUCUUGAGCAAAUUCUGCCAGCAACAAUUUCUGAUUAUAUAGAUUUAGUCAAAGCUCACAUUGAUGCUGGACCAAAUUAUCGCUUUGCAUGUCGGCAGCUACUCUUGCUUGGUGCAUUGCUUGAUUUUUCAGAUGCUACAAACAGGAAGGUUGCUAGCACAUUUGUGCUGGAACUGCUGCAUAAGCCUUUUGACCAUGAAGUUGAUCAGUAUGGGGACAUGGUUGUUAUAGGAGAUGGAAUAAAUCUUGGUGGUGAUAAAGAUUGGGCUGAAGCGGUGUCUGGGUUAGCAAGAAAGGUGCAUGCUGCUAGUGGUGAAUUUGAAGAAGUUGUUCUUGGGGUUGUAGAGGAGAUUGCUCGGCCUUGCAGGGAAAGAACAGCUGAUUUUAUGCAGUGGAUGCACUGCCUUGCUGUUUUUGGCCUUUGCUUGGAGAAGGCAAGAUCAUAUCAUUGCAUUCAAGGGAGAGCUACUGAGCCUGCUGAACUACUGCAAUCUUUAUUGCUUCCAGCGGCGAAACAUUCUCACUUGGAAGUCCAGAGGAUUGCAGUGAGAUGCCUCGGGCUUUUUGGGUUGUUAGAGAAGAAGCCAAGCCAGGAACUAGUAAAGCAGUUAAAGGUUUCAUUUGUUAAGGGUCCUGCUCCAAUUAGCAUAAUUGCUUGUAAGGCAUUAUUUGAUCUUGGGAUGUGGCAUAAUCUUCGGGAAGUUGAUAGGGUGGUGGGCCAGGACGUUUUAUCACAACACCAAGAUUACGAUAUAACCUCAAGUCCUUUAAACUUUUCUGAUACAGAUGGGAUAUCGAAUAUUAAAUUGCUUGAUCUUUUGUACGCUGGGCUUAUUAAAGAUGAUUGGGACAAUUCUUUAGCAAGUGAUGAAAAUGAGUCCGUUCAAGGUGCUCUUGGGGAGGGGUUUGCUAAAGUUCUUCUUGUGAGUGAAAACUACAAAAGCAUGCCCACCUCUCUACAUCCCUUGCUUUUAUCCAAGCUCAUUACCUUGUACUUCAGCAAUGAAUCUAAAGACUUGCAUAGGUUGAAACAGUGCUUAUCUGUUUUCUUUGAGCAUUACCCUUCCCUCUCAGCUAAUCACAAGAAGUGUAUAUCAAAGUCCUUCAUUACAGUCAUGCGUUCUAUGUGGCCGGGUAUCAAUGGCAAUGCUGGAGGUUCUGCAUAUGUGGUUUCUAAUAUGCGUAAGCGUGCAGUCCAAGUAUCACGUUUUAUGCUGCAAAUCAUGCAGGCUCCCUUAUAUAAAAACGAGACGGAGGAUGGAAAUGAUACCGGGGAAGUACCAGAAGUCAUAGAAGAACCUCCACUUGAGUGUGGUGAGGAGGGGCUUGCCAUACGCAUAGCCACAGAGGUGGCAACCUUCCAUACAAAGAAGACACCUGCAGAGAAGUCAUAUGUGUCAGCAUUAUGUAGAAUACUUGUGUUGCUCCAUUUUCGGUUGUCAGAGCAAGGGGCUAUCCAAUUAAUGAGGAGGCUAUUAAUUCGUGUGGCUGAAUCUGUAUCGGCAGAGAAAGAUCUUGUCAAGGAAUUAAGGCGGAUGGCUGACCAUCUCAAGGCACUGGAUAGACAGCCAGAUCAAGAAAUGUCGCAAGACCAAGCUAAUCUUAUAUUUGGGAGGUUAGAACUAGACUUCAACAUGGAUUUCAACGUUUCUGUUGAAAUGCCACAAACACCAGCUCCUUGCUCAACUAAACCAACCCGUCGCAGGAAACAAGUGAGGCUUGAAGAAGAAUCUUCUGAUGAAGACAGUUCCCCGACCUCUGUUGUUCCUAAUAAUCUUGGCACAGUAAGCGCUCGCUCACAGAGGGCAAGCAAGACUGCAGCACUGUCCAAGAUGACAGCUAAAACAGCCUUCAGGAUCGAUGAAGAUGAUGAAGAUGAGGAAGGCUCAGAGGUUACAUCGGAUGAAGAUUCCGAUGGAUCUGAUUAG